AUGUACGACCCGGCGCUUACCCAGGAUGUUCUUGGGCAACUUCCGCUACUGAAAGCAUACAAUCACAUCAUGGUCGGAUUCCCAUUGCACGAUACCAGUAACCGUGAGGAGAUAAUACAAUCACUAGAAUCUGCGGCUCUUAAGCUCACGGCGGCUAUUCCUUGGCUGGGGGGUAAAGUUGUUAAUGUGGGUAGCGGUCCGGAGAGCAGUGGCCACUUUCAGAGUGUUCCUUAUCUGCUUCCUCCGUACCAGGAGAUCGUAGCUGCAAAGGGGCCCGCAUCGAUGUUAGACGGUGCAGUGAUCGGACCGAAAAAUGCCUUUCCAGCCAGCUACGAGGAAUCCGAGACAGAUCCUGCACCGGCUUUACUUAUCCAGGCUAGUUUCUUGACGGGCGGUCUUGUUCUAGAUUUUGCGGCCCAGCAUAACAUGUCGGAUGGUGGUGGUGUGCUUGCAAUGCUUAACGUGAUUGCAACUGCACUUCGAGGCCAGGAGAUCCCUGCUAGCACUAUCGAAGCGGCAAACUUAGACCGCAGAACAGUGAUUCCUCUUCUUGGACCUGAAGAACCAUUACUUGACCACAGCCACUUGAUUCGACCUCCCCCUCCAGCUGUUCGACGACCACUCCCUUCACUUCUCGCUUGGUGCUUCUUCCGCUUUUCCAGUGAGAAGCUCAAUGCCAUUAAGACCGAAGCCAGCAACCCGGCACAUCUGACUGUGCCAUUUAUUUCUCGUGACGAUGCACUUUGUGCGUUUCUGUGGAAGCGUAUAACCUCUGUCCGAUUGCGUCGACGAAACACGCCGGAUGACCUGUCGAAAUUUACGAGAGCCGUUGAUAUUCGUAAAACCAUGGGAAUUCCAUUCGACUACAUGGGUGUGUCGGUAACAAAUGCCACCACCUGGCUUUCCUUCCAAGAACUGAUUGAUCUACCAUUGGCCGCAGUAGCUUCAGAGUUACGCAAGACCUUGAAUCAGAUAGACGCGGAAUUCGUGCGGAGCUUCACAACCUUUGUUUCACGCCAGAAUGAUAAGCGAAACAUUGCGUAUGCGGGCAAAUUCAACGCUGACACCGAUAUGGGUACUUCAUCUAUGGCCUCUGUACCACUGUACAAGGCGAAUUUUGGACCCCUGGGAGAGCCAACACUCGUCCGUCGACCUACCUUUGCACCAAUUCCAAGCACUAUCUACGUCAUGCCACAGACACUUGACGGCGAUGUUGAUGCGCUGUUCUGCCUGGGAGAGGCGGACAUUGCAGCACUUCGAGAUGACCCAGAGUGGAACUCGUCCGUUGAAUAUAUCGGAUAA